AUGCAUGCGCGCACUAUGGGAUACAAAGUUGUGUUCACGGAUCAUUCGCUAUACGGAUUUGGUGAUGUAGGAAGUAUUCACAUGAACAAGGUUCUGCAGUUCACUUUAGCAGAUGUGACUCAAGCUAUUUGUGUUUCUCAUACGAGUAAAGAAAAUACGGUUUUGAGAUCAGGACUGCCCCCUGAAAAGGUUUUUGUUAUUCCAAAUGCUGUCGACACUGCCAUGUUUAAGCCUGCUCCAGAGCGACUUAGUGAUCGUGAAAUUGUAAUUGUUGUGAUAAGUCGAUUGGUUUACCGAAAAGGAGCAGAUCUGCUUGUUGAAGUUAUCCCUGAAGUGUGCCGUUUACAUUCCAAUGUACGCUUCAUUAUUGGAGGAGAUGGACCUAAAAGAGUGAGGCUGGAAGAAAUGAGGGAAAAACACUCUCUCCAAGAUCGAGUAGAUAUGUUGGGUGCUGUCCCACAUGCUAAAGUUCUUCCAGAUGAUAUGAUUGUCCUUGCAGAGCCGGAUCCAAAUGACAUGGUACAAGCAAUUACAAAGGCUAUCCAUAUACUUCCCCAUAUUGAUCCGCAAGCAAUGCACACUCGGAUGAAGACACUGUACAGUUGGCAUGAUGUUGCUAGAAGGACAGAGAUUGUUUAUGAUCGGGCUUUGAGAUGUUCCAGUCAGAAUCUCUUAGAACGAUUAUCCAGGUACCUUCCAUGCGGUGCUUGGGCGGGCAAGAUCUUUUGCUUGGUCAUGAUAAUUGAUUUUUUGUUCUGGCAUCUCUUGCAACUAUGGCAGCCUGACAGGGACAUCGAGGUUGUACCUGAUAUUCUUCUAACAAAUCGCCGAGGCGAGACAUUACAGGAUUUUAAUAUUGAUGAUCGUUUGAGAUAG